UGCUCGCUCGUUCGGCCGUGCUGUCCGGCUUGGAUUUUCGGCGCCAUGGCGCUCGGCAACAUCGCCGUCGUGCUCGGCUCCGGAUAUCUCAGCACUAUUCUUACAGGAGGCGACGCCAAGAAAGUCCCCAUCAUCGGGGACAUGCUUGCCCAUUUUGUGAAGAACACCGGCAAGCAUGACAGCAACGAUCAGUUGGCGUCACAGCUCAACAGUAUCAAGGAGGAGGUACAGCGAGUCGUACGCCGCAGAGACGAGAAUGUUACGGUUAUCUCCGACACAUCAGGGUCUGGUUCCUAUACCAUAACAGCAAUUGUCGUUGCUGGGCUUAUCGGCUACACAUACAUCAGGUGGAAGGGUUGGAAGAUUUCUGACAUGAUGUGGGUGACGAAGCGCGGUCUAGCCGAUGCCUGUGAUGUCGUUGGAAAACAGUUAGAUGGUGUUUCAAAUACAGUACAGGUUACUAAGAAACAUCUUUCCGGGAGGAUCGACCGGGUCGAUGCUAAUCUAGACGAAACACAAGAAAUUAUCGAAGGGACAAGGGAUGAGGUUGCAGUGAUCCAUGUGGAUCUGAGCGCCUUUCAGAAGGAGCUCCAAGAAGUCAGCCGUACGGUUGAAAUAUGGGGGUCAAGGCUGUCUGGUAUCGAGGACACCCAGGAUCGUACUGUGCGUGCAACUGAAGCCUUGGUUGGGUUCAGCCAACAAUUAGAACAUAGUGGCCAGAGUCCCAAUAUUCGUCAGGCAAAUUCUUAG